AGUGGGUGAGAUGGACCUUUGGUCUGACCCAGUACGGCUGUUCCAUGUUCUCAUGACCUGAGGCCACUACUGAGGCACCUGUGAACCUAGGCACUGGAUGCAGUUCUUGAUCCACUGGCACUUACAGCUUUCCACAGUGGUGUGUGGCGCUACCUUGCUCAUCGCCAGUUGGGUCUUGUCCCCAGAGAUAGCUGCAGCUCGCUAGGAUUCAGGAGGCUUCCCCAAUGUUGGGAGCACGUUCAGUGCCUCACAGUGCUCCCGAGUCCCUCUGGCCUUGUUGCCGCACGUCAGCUCGCUGCUCUCACGUUAGAGCCAGUGCACUAAUGCCGCUUUGUAAUUUCUAAAGCACCCAGAAGGCUCCCAAAGCGAGCGGUGGGCUGUACAGUCGUGUAUCCAGGUCUUGGGUGGAAUGUGACAGCUGUUCCGCAGCCAUGCUGUACAGCAUAGGAAAUGAAGCACCCAAUGUCUGGGUGGGACUUUCUGGGGAAUAUAAUAGAAUAAAUUAUCCACCACUGAAAUGUGGCCACUCAUAUGGGUCAGCAACUUCUUGCUAAAACUGCCAAAGCCUGUUUCAGUGAUCAUGUUUAUCAUUUAAAGAGGGAAUUGACAGAAACUCCUCCCUUUGUCCCCGCCUGGUUAAACCAUUCUUACUGCUGCCAGUAGUUAAGAAAAUGUCUGUUCUGUUGAGUGGCAUGAAGUCAUAUUUUGCCACUUUCAUGCAAGGAUCUUAAAGCCCAUCCAUUGAGUUCAGUCUCACAACUGCAUUUUCCCAGGUGCAUACAAGAGAGGCAACUUGACUCACCUGAGUGAGCUUGUAUCAGACACAAGAGCAGCGUUCUGAUCUCCUGAUCCUGUCCUCAGUCUCAUUAUAGGAUGAUACCUCACCUGACCCUUUCAUCUUAAAAUCUAGUCUGUCGUGCCAGCUGUUUGCCAGUCAAACCAAAAUUCUUUGGGCAUCUGCAACUCAAGAGUUUUGUAUUGGGUCAAUAGGGGAAAUGGUUUCUUUUUUGUCUUCCCAGAUUGAGUCGUAAAAGGUGUUGAUAACUGGCCCACUUCAGCCCCGUUCGUUCAUUUGCCUGUGUGAUGCUAGCUGAACAAUCCUGCUGUCCCCCAUCUAGCUGCAGUAUUAAAGGAUGCAUGUAAAAGGAUUGUUCCCAUUAGCUCUGGCACGCUGAUGACCUUUAAAACAAUGAACAGUGUGUUACAAGUGCUGGUGUUAUUUCAAUAGAUUCUUCCUCUUCCCGCAUCUCAAACCUCCUUGCUUGCCAAAUUAUUGCAGAGCCUUGUUCUGUUGCCUGUUCCCAAACUGUAACUUCACCAUAAGGUGGUACAAACUGUUUCCAAUCCAAGCACUAACUUGUUGGAUGUUGAGGUUUUCUUAUCUCUUAGAAGUUCCAUCUGCUUCGUCAUACUACCAAAACUUUUGCUCAACUCAGUGUUCUUUACAAACAGGAAGGCUCUUUUUGCGGGGGUGUGCAACUCAGAUCAACACUGGGAGGAGCUCUUUCACUGUUUAAGGUGUCAUGCUUCUCAUUGUCCCCAGCUUGCAAGGAGACACAUCUGCUUCUGUCGGUUUUGUAACGUAUCGUACGGCUCUUCUCCUGGAUCAGCAGGGACAGCUUAGCCAGAAAACAAUGAAACAGCAACACAAUAAAACAAAUGCUUUCAGUAACAAGUUCACUUCUUUUGCACUUUCUCUGACGCACCCAGGCUUUCUCCUGUUCCUACUCUGCUCCUUGGAUUGGGCUUGACUCAAAGGGAGAUAUUAGCUGAUUCCUGUUUUCUUUGUUCAGGGAUAUCAUGUCCAUUUAUAAGGAACCACCGCCUGGAAUGUUUGUUGUGCCUGAUCCUCAUGAUAUGACUAAGAUUCAUGCAUUGAUCACAGGCCCAUUUGACACGCCUUAUGAAGGGGGGUUCUUCUUGUUCCUGUUUCGCUGUCCUCCAGAUUAUCCCAUCCACCCACCAAGGGUCAAACUGAUGACAACGGGGAAUAAUACAGUGAGGUUUAACCCCAACUUCUACCGCAAUGGGAAAGUCUGCCUGAGUAUUCUAGGCACUUGGACUGGUCCUGCUUGGAGCCCAGCACAGAGUAUCUCUUCAGUCCUGAUCUCCAUCCAGUCUCUGAUGACGGAGAAUCCCUACCACAAUGAGCCUGGCUUUGAGCAGGAGAGGCACCCUGGGGAUAGUAAGAACUAUAACGAGUGCAUUCGGCACGAGACCAUCCGCGUAGCAGUUUGCGACAUGCUGGAAGGAAAGUAUCCCUGUCCCGAACCUUUACGAGGCGUGAUGGAGAAGUCCUUCAUGGAGUACUUUGACUUCUACGAGGGUGUGUGCAAAGAGAGGCUUCACCUACAAGGACAGACGAUGCAGGAUCCUUUUGGUGAAAAACGAGGCCACUUUGACUAUCAGUCCCUCUUACUCCGUUUGCAAGGCAUUCGGCUGAAGGUGCAAGAGAAACACCAGCAGGAGAACGUAGACAUAGACUCUGACAGCAGCUCCUCAGAGACAGAGACGGACACUCAAGGGAGCUCCAAAGCUUAGAGGUCUCCAGAUACGAGCCCCACACCCCUGGGCUUUUCAGCCUUUGUGCUCUAGAAUCCCCCCGACUGACUUGAGCGCCAUGCCACUUCCAGCGUGGCUACAGCGAGGGGAGGUCUGUCUCCUUUCAUGCUCUGUGGCUACAGAACAAGAGGACUUGAUGGUAGACAAAGCCUAGCUAGUAACAAGGCUCCUCUAAAAGGUACUUCCUCUGCUAGAAAGCUGGAUCAUGUGGCAUCAGGCUGUUUUGGAAACGCCUGCACUGGGUUGGUUUUUCUUUCUCUGAUUAAAACAAUGAGAUGUAGAAUGCA